AUGUCCACGGCGGGAAAGUAUGAGCAGGAAGCGAAGCUCACAGCAAUUUAUGCUGAGCUCCGAGAUGGUUUCAAAAAAGCGGACGGCAUCUCGGACCUCAACAAGCAGCAGUCCCUCCUCAAGGACCUCACAUCCAAAAUGCAGGAGGCGAAAGUGCUCAUAAAGGAAUUCGAACAAGAGGCCAGAACGGAUGGCAUUUCCGCCGCAGAGCUGGCCAAUCGAAAGAAGGCGAUGGUGCAGGAGCUGAACAACUUCAUCAGCAUGAAGAAGGAGCGCAGCGCUGACCUGGACGCCAGGAAGGAGCUCGUCGCCGGCGGCAGCCCAUCCAAAGCCCCACAGACCAUCAACGAGAUGUCGGCACAGCAGCUGAUGGAGCGCGGCCGCAAGGAGAUGAAGGCGCAGGACGAGUCGCUGCUGCGCGCGCAGAAGAUCGUGGAAUCGACGGUCGAUAUCGGCUCCAAGACGGCCGAAACGCUGCACGCGCAGGGGCAGCAGAUGGAGCGCGUGCUUGACAACCUCGAAGAGAUGCGCUUCGACAUCAAGAAAGGAGGACAGGUCAUCCGCGACAUCACUCGCGGACUCGCCACCGACAAGUGCAUCAUGAUGCUGCUGAUGUUUGUGGUGAUCAUCAUAGUGGUCAUCAUUGCGUGCAAGCUUGCAGGCGUCGGCAAGGUCUCCAUUCCCCAGCCCAACUUCGGGCUGGAGCUGUUGCAGCAGUGA